AGUCCCGUGUAAUUUUUUAAGGAAAAAAAAAAAGGGUACGCAAAGGAAACAGUAAAACUCGUCUGCACUGCGCUGCGGUGUUAGUGGGUCGUCAACGAGGUUGUUCUGUGCAGAGUGUUAGAGAUGGAAAAAAUGGUGGGACUGCGACCAUUGUUCAGAUCAGUGAGCUCCAGAUCUUAUGGUUUCGCCGCCGCUGCAUCCACCAACCGCCACCACCACCACAACAUUCAUCGCACCGUUCGAACCCUUUUUAACCUUCCUUCCUCUCAACUCUCUCGCAAUCCUAAUCCCCUCCCUUCAUCCUCAGCAGAAUGCAGGUCUCCUCAUUCAAUAGGCUUAGGCAUGAGAUUUUAUAGUGAAGAUGUGACCCACAUGCCUGACAUUAAAGACACUGAGCUUCAAAAUGCUUUCAAGGAUUUGAUGGCUGAGACUUGGAAUGAGCUUCCUGAUUCUCUCAUUUAUGAUGUUAAGGAGGCCUUAUCUAAAAAUACUGAUGACAAAUCUGGCAAGGAGGUUGUGGCAAAUGUUUUCCGUGCUGCUGAAGCCGUUGAGGAGUUUGGAGGGAUUAUAACCACCUUAAAAUUAGAUAUUGAUGACAGCAUUGGAGCGAGUGGCGAGGAUGUAAAGCCAUUGCCUGAUAAUAUGAAAAAUGCUCUGCAUACCAUUUUUGAUCGCUACACUACCUAUUUGAAUUCCUUUGGGCCUGAUGAGAGGUAUCUGCGAAAGAAGGUGGAGACAGAGUUGGGCGCAAAGAUGAUACACUUAAAAAUGAGAUGCAGUGGCCUUGGUUCUGAGUGGGGAAAGGUUACGGUUCUUGGAACUUCUGGACUUGCUGGUUCAUAUGUUGAGCAAAGAGCAUAGAAGAAAUAUUUAAGAAACAGUGUAAUUGUUUGUUUGUGUUUCAUGUCAUGCUUUUGAUGCCUGUAGACCCUUCGAUUUGUUUUUUCCUGACUUUUUUUGUUGCCAAGCGUUUGAUUGCAUGGAAAUAAGAGCGCUUAACUUUGUUAACGAUAAUCCUUUUACAGUGUUUUCUUUCAUUUUCA